AUGGCGUCAUUACCAAAGAGAAUUAUAAAAGAAACAGAAAGGCUUGUAAGCGAUCCAGUGCCCGGAAUCACUGCUGAGCCACAUGAAGAUAAUUUGAGAUAUUUUGAUGUCACAAUAGAAGGACCACAGCAAUCGCCUUACGAAGAUGGAGUUUUUCACUUGGAGCUCUUUUUACCUGAUGAUUAUCCAAUGGAAGCCCCAAAAGUUCGUUUUCUAACGAAGAUUUACCAUCCAAAUAUCGAUAGACUAGGACGUAUCUGUUUGGAUGUUCUAAAGACCAACUGGUCCCCUGCACUCCAAAUUAGGACUAUCCUACUGUCGAUACAAGCGUUGUUGGCCAGCCCUAACCCUAAUGAUCCGCUUGCGAACGAUGUUGCAGAAGACUGGAUCAAGAAUGAAGAAGGUGCUAUUCGGAAAGCUCACGAAUGGACGCAGUUAUAUGCCUCAAAAGAUGUUAAAUGA